AUGGCCCACACGAUCCCAACAACACCACCAAGCGCCGUCAUCUGCACGGAACUCUUCACCUACAUCGUCGUGGUCUUCUUCCUCUUCAGGCUCAGCCUAGACGAGUUCGGGCAAGAGGCAUGGCGGCGGGGCCGCCUCCCGCGGAGCAGCUUGCUCUACCUCGCGCCCAUCCUGCUGUGGCCCGUCACCGCGGGCGUCUUUGGAAGUCUCGGGUCCUCGGCCUGCUGCACGCCGGCCUCGUCGAUGCAUACACCCUCUCGGCCAGGCGGGUUGAGGCGGGCUGGCGGUGGAUCAACAACUUCUUUCCCAAACGCCGGCAACUGGAGGACGUCGAGAUGGCGCCACUUGGGUCGUCCUGCCGAGAUGACAGGAAACGCCGACACCAGCACUUCUAGGCACAAAGAGAGGUUCGGACACUGCCCGAAUAUUUUCUCACUGCACCUGACGUCGGACUCGCUUGCUACCAGGCAUUUCUCGGUGGGUGCCUUGGAUAAACACGAGCAGCAGCCCCAUGGGCUUGAUUUCGAGGUGGCCUUGCCACAAGAUCUGCUUCGCCAGAGCGAUCCCCAGAUCUAG